GCCUCCUCUUAUUAUGGUGUGAAUAGGGGUCAUUUGUUUAUGCACUUUGGACCACCUCUGUGACUCAUCUGUAAAUUGCUUUGAUUCUACAUUGGUAAACGCACAAGGAGAAGGAUGAUGCUUUACUCACUGGUCUAUAUCCUGUGCUAAGUUUGGUCAUUGGCUCUUGGUAGGUGUUGAGUGAAUAUUUGUGGAAUUAACAGAUGAACACACAAACUGUUUUGAAAGAAUACAUGAGCUCACUCUCUGCCUCUCUUUGCUCCUAAGAAGAUGGCAGUGCAGCUGCCCAAGUUGGUGCUGUUUGUAUGUUUGGGUAACAUUUGUCGAUCACCCAUUGCAGAAGCAGUUUUCAGAAAACUUGUAACUGAUCAAAAUAUUUCAGAUAAUUGGAGGAUAGACAGUACUGAAACAUCCACUGAAGAGAUAGGAAACCCUCCUGAUUAUCGAGGGCAAAAUUGCAUGAAGAAGCACGAAAUUCCUAUGAAUCAGGUGGCCUCGCAGGUUACCAAAGAAGACUUUGCCACAUUUGAUUAUCUACUAUGUAUGGAUGAAAACAAUCUGAGAGAUUUGAACAGAAAAGGUAGUGAAGUUAAAAACUGCAAAGCAAGAACUGAACUACUUGAGAGCUAUGAUCCACAAAAACAACUUAUUAUUGAGGAUCCCUAUUAUGGGAAUGACUCUUGCUUUGAGACUGUGGACCAGCAAUGUUUUAGGUGCUGCAAAGCAUUUUUGGAGAAGUCACAGUAAAGCUGCAUCCAUUCAUUGCUGAAGGUCAACAAUGAUUAACGUCUUUACAGUGAUGUUCUAGGUUUUUCAGUAUGUUAAAAGUGUAAUGCUUCAUAGCUC